GAGCCAUGGCGGCCGUGCGGGGCCUGCGGAUCUCGGUGAAGGCGGAGGCGAGCACGACCACGGCGGAGCCGCGCGGCGCCGAGCCCGAGCCCAUGGAGGUGGAAGAGGGAGAGCUGGAGACCAUCCCUGUGAGGCGCUCGCUGCGGGAGCUCAUCCCGGACACCAGUAGGAGAUAUGAAAACAAAGCUGGAAGUUUCAUCACUGGCAUAGAUGUAACCUCCAAGGAAGCAAUUGAGAAGAAGGAGCAAAGAGCCAAACGUUUCCAUUUUCGGGCUGAGGUGAAUCUGGCCCAGAGGAACGUGGCCCUGGACCGGGACGUGAUGAAGAAAGCAAUUCCUAAAGUAAGACUGGACACCAUUUACAUUUGUGGAGUGGAUGAGAUGAGCACCCAGGACAUCUUUGCCUAUUUCAAAGAGUAUCCUCCUGCUCAUAUUGAGUGGCUGGAUGACACCUCAUGUAAUGUGGUCUGGCUUGAUGAAGUGACAGCAACACGGGCUCUGAUAAAUAUGAGUUCCCUGCCUGAUCAGGAGAAAUCAAAGAGCAGAGAAAACAACAAGGAGAAGACAGCUGAAAAAACCAAGAAAGAAAAACAGGAGGAAAGCUCUGAUGAUGAGACAGAAGAAGGAGAGGUUGAGGAUGACAAUCCCAGUGAUGUGGAGUUGGAUGCCCUCUCCCAGGUAGAAGAGGAUUCCCUCCUGCGCAAUGACCUUCGCCCUGCCAAUAAACUGGCUAAAGGAAACAAGCUGUUCAUGAGAUUUGCUACUAAAGAUGACAAAAAGGAGCUGGGAGCUGCAAGGAGAAGCCAGUAUUACAUGAAAUAUGGCAAUCCAAAUUAUGGAGGCAUGAAAGGAAUUCUUAGCAAUUCUUGGAAGAGGAGGUACCAUUCCAGGAGGAUCCACCGGGAUGUGAUCAAGAAGAGGACUCUGAUUGGGGACGAUGUGGGCCUGACUCCCCCCUACAAACAUCGGCACUCAGGCUUGGUGAACGUUCCUGAGGAGCCCAUAGAGGAGGAAGAGGAGGAGGAGGAGGAGCAGGACAUGGAUGAGGAUGACAGGGUGGUGGUGGAGUACCGGGAUGAGCUGCAGGCCUUCCGGCAGGCGCGGGAGCGCGGCGCCGCCCGCAGAUCCAGCGCCUCCGACUCGGACGAGAUGGAUUAUGACCUGGAGCUGAAAAUGAUCUCCACCCCCUCGCCCAAAAAAAGCAUGAAGAUGACCAUGUAUGCAGAUGAGGUGGAGUCACAGCUGAAAAAUAUCAGGAAUUCCAUGCGAGCAGAUAGCAUAGCCACCAGCAACAUCAAAAACAGGAUUGGCAGCAAAGGAUCCUUGGAGAAAGUUGCAGAUGUGAGGCUGCUGUUGGAAGAGAAACGUCAGAAUAACUCUGGGCCACGGCUGCCAAACAGCACUGUCAAAUCAGAUGUGAGGCAGAGACUGGGAAAAAGGCCACACUCUCCAGAAAUCAAAGCUCCAAGCAGUGCCUGUGCUCCUCGUCGAGAACCAAUCUCAGAUGUGCACAGCAGGCUGGGAAUCCCCAAACAAGAUGUGAAAGGCCUCUACUCUGACACCAGAGAGAAGAAAUCAGGUAAUUUAUGGACCAGAUUGGGGUCUGCUCCGAAGACGCAGGAAAAGACUCCAGAGAAAGCUGAAAACUCUGUGGCAUCUCCAGAGGAGGAUGACUCUGAGCUGCAGAGGGUUUGGGGUGCUCUCAUCAAGGAAAAAGAACAGUCCAGGCAAAAAAAGAGUCGCUUGGAUCAUUUACCCUCCCUACAAAUCGAGAUCAGCCGGGAAAGCAGCUCUGGCUCAGACUCUGAAUCAUGACUGGGUUCACAGCCUGACCCUGCAGGUGCUGCCUCUGCAGCCUGGCAGGAUCCCCCUUGCCCAGGAGCUGGACACUGGCAAAGACUCUGCAGUGAAGGUUCCAGAAGUGUUUUUGAUCCUUUUCUACAACGAGAGAGGCAUAAACCACUUGAAACCUAAAGCAAAGACAUUUGUCUGGAGUCUGUGGCUGGCCCUGUGCUCUGCAGGGCAUUGUCAUCUCUGGUUGUGACAGCAAACCUGUAGUGAAUUGUAGCAAAACAUUUUCUUCCCCAAGCUUUGAACUUAAAAGAUGAGGCAGAAAUGCUCUGUGUUUUUAAGGAGAACUUUUCUGUUCUUGAUGUUUUCAUCAUGGAGGCUUUUAACAAAAUGUUUUACACACCUCAUCCAAAGAACAGGGCAUUUAUUUCAUGAUCCUGAUCAUUGCCUUGCCCUUCUGGCUCUUUCCAGCACCUUUCCUUUCCUCCUGAAGUAAUAACAAUAAAGCUUCCUGGGUGGGCAGCCAGCAAGGAUAAAGCAUGAAGGGAUUGAUUAUCACACUGAAUGUAAAUCCAAGUUACACAUUUUAUCACAGUUAAAUCCCCUGUAGGUAUCCCAGUGGCACCACCAGAAUCCAAGGAAUCCUGCUCACUCAUUUUGGUGAUGCCACAUUCUGCUGUAGCAGGGAUUGAGAUGUUCAGGACUGCAAAGUUGGACGUUUGACAAUUGUGUAAACCCCUGAGGGUUUGGGGGUGUUUUGUUUUUUGGUUUUUUUUUUGCUGUUGUUCCACGAGGAGAGAUUAUAUUCCUGUCAUUCCACCUGGAUUAUGUCCUGGAGCAAUCCAUCCAACAGCUGGAAAGCAUUUUUAUAUUUGUGAGAAUCUUCCCACUGGCCACAGUGAAAGCUCUAGUGGUGUUCUCCUCUGUGCUGUUCUAUCUAUGUAGAAGUGAAAGAGAAAAGGAAAACUUUAGGAUCACUGUCUCCUGUCAAUAUUUUGGAUGUUCUUCCUGUAUAUUACACGUGGAUGUGGACAUGGGUGACUUGUUCCAUUCAGCUUUUUUACCUGCACAUUUUCACCCCUCCCUGGGUAGGACAAGGGUUUGAUCAGUGUGCAGCUGCUGUUUUUUAUUUUUAUUUUCAUAUUGCCAGUAAUUCUGAUUGAGGAAUAAUGCAGCACAUCACAUUCAGGUAAACAACAGGUAGCAAAACCAUUUUAAUAGUCUGAAAUCUGUUUGCAUUGUCCCUGUUCCUUGAUUCUGUCAGUCCAAAAUAUCUGUGAACUUUUCUUCCCAUUUCUGCUUUUUAACAAGCAACUUUUUCACUUUUUAUUUUUUUGCCCCUCCUGUUUUUGUACUAAGUUGAAGUAGGUUGGAGAUUUCAGCAAGGAAUCUGCAAAAUGAACUUUUCUUGUGCUUUAUGAUGUGUGAGGAUAGCAGCAUGUCAAAUGAAAGGUCAAAUGACAGGCACAGUGACUGCAGGGGCAAUGUGGGGGCUGACCAGGCUUCAAGCCUUACUCUUUCCUUGUUUUGUGACACUCAUCCUUGAUUUUAUAUUUAAUUAUUGAAUAUAUAAAUGUCUCAUAAAAGUGCUGUUGAGAG